GAUAGUUUGGGCAUAAUUUCUUACUUUUCUAAAUCUCACUACCAUGGCUGAGGAGAAGCACCACCACCACCUCUUCCACCACCACAAGGAGGAGAAGCCCGUGGAAGAAGAGGUUGUGUAUUCUGAGGUCACUUGCGAAGGUGAUGGCAGGGGAGAUGUCUCCGCCACUGAGACCACCGUGUUUGCCACCUCCACUGAGGAUUUUGAAAAGGAGAAGAAGCACCACAAGCACAUGGAACACAUGGGUGAGCUAGGUGCUGCAGCUGCUGGUGCUUUUGCUCUGCACGAGAAGCACAAGGCAAAGAAAGACCCUGAGCAUGCUCACAAGCACAAGAUCGAAGAGGAGAUUGCAGCAGCAGCCGCAGUGGGUGGUGUUGGAUACGCUUUCCAUGAGCACCAUGAGAAGGAAGAAGCCAAGGAGAAAGAAGAGGAGGCUCAUGGCAAGAAACAUCACCAUCUCUUCUAAGCAUCCUCUUUGCUGAUUGCCUUGUGUUUCCUUUCCCUAUCAUCCUUCUCUGUUUCUUUCUGAUAUGUUUAUUCUGGAUGUCUCAGUUAUAGUGAGAUUGCCUUGUGUUUCCUUUCCCUGUCAUCCUUCUCUGUUUCUUUCUGAUCUGUUUAUUUUGGAUGUCUCAAUUAUAGUGAGAUGUAAUUUAAAGCAGAUUGAGAGAGAAUAAGAAUAAGAAUAAGAAAUCUAUUUGAUACCUCAA